AUGAAUUGCUAUUCGCUGGUUCAGUGUACUGGUUACUCAAUUCAUGUUAUGUUCAACGAACAGCUAAAAGAACAGCAUUUUGAACAUUCCAGUCAGGAAAAUAAUAUAUACGAAUUCUUCAAAGUUCUCGAUGGAAAAUAUUUUGUGAUGCCAAAAACUUUCUGUCGCAUGUUCAGUAUGGUAAAAGAUGACUUGUUCGCCUUAUCACUUCUACGACGAAGAGACGAGAGUCGAAAACAAGUCAGUUGGUUGUAA